UGCCGGUGCCUUCUUCUGCAGGCGGACGACAGGGAGCAACGGAGGACUGCCGGAGAAGACCAAAGAUAGGCACGCGACGGUAGAGAUCAAGACGUCGUCACCUGGAUCUAAAGCCAUCGUCGCGUAUCACGGUCAAAUCUUUUGCGCCGGUUUGAAUUGGUACCAGUCACCGGAGGCGUCAUCGCUAUCGAGGAUGCGGAGCUUGCCGGCGAGUUUGGGGAAGGGGUUGGUCGGAUCUGACGGCAAUCCCGAACGGCAGACUCGAUAUGAGGCCACCGUCGCCGGAGUUUUCCACAGGUGGACCAAUUACGACAUUCAAUUUUGGUCACCGUCUCCCUCCAUGAACACUCUCUGGCGCACCGGCGGCUUCCUCACCAAUAGUCACAGCCCUAAGAAGUUCAGGUCUCGUCGGAAGAAGAUCGUCUUCGGACCGACUCAGCCGCCGGACUGCCUCGUGGUUUUCGACUCCGAGAGGAAGUCGUCGGUGAUUCUCGAGGCGCAUAGGUUGCAGGUUCCGAUUGUUUCGCUUGUGGACUCGAACAUGCCUAUCGAGUACUACAACAAGAUCACGUAUCCGAUUCCGUGUAAUUCCUCGGUGCAAUUUGUGUACCUGUUCUGCAAUUUGAUCACCAAGACGUUCAUGCUUCAGCAAAAGAAAAGCGGCGCCGAUUCUGUCGAAAUUGAGACUAGUGAGUGAGUGGGGGUUAUAGAGGAGGCUAAGAGCGCAAAGAAGGAUGAGGUGCUUAUGGUUCAAUCAAUUAAAGGAUGAGAUCCUUUAAGUUCUAUUGGGG